UUUCCUCAAUGUCUGUGUCCUUCAUGUGAAAUCCAAAAUGGGUUAUUGGGAUCUGCAAGAGGGGAAAGAUUGUAUCGAGAAAACAUGGAUCACCACUAAAUUGGGCACAGCUCUAGGGUUGGUGGGUUCAGCCUAUCACAUUGUGGCAUUCCAGCCUGAUUCCGCAAUCCAAGCUGUUCAGAGAGCCACAAAUGGCACAGUAACCAUGGCUGCCUUGGGGGCGAUCUUUGGAAUGACCACUUGUCUAGCUGCACAGGCCCGGGAUGCUCCUGAUGAUCCGGUGAACUACUUCCUCGGAGGCUGUGCAUCAGGAGUCUUUCUUGGAGCUCGUACUCACAGUGCAAUGACAGGCACGACGGCAUGUAUUGGGCUGGGGACACUGGCCAUGUUCACUAAGGUGGGCAAGAUGGAGGGCUGGAGAUUAGCUGGACCACCCAGGAUGUAAACAGCCCAAGGGGGAGACUAUAUAUUGACAUGUAUAUUGUAUAUUAAAUAUUCCUUGAAUAAACUUGUGUAAAAGAG